CCACUCUGCGUGUGCUGUGAAGUACAGCCUCUCGGGAGUUCGGCUCAGGCACUCCUGAGAGCCAGAGGUUGGGUCGGGGGGGCGGUUCGAAGCAAGUUCUCUGCUCCGAGUUUAGCUCCCGGGUGUGAUAUCCUCGUAUCUCCCGACAUGGGCUCUCUAGCUCGACUGGUGCUCUUCGCCUGGCUCAUUCUGCCGUUAUUUGGCGCCGAGUCCGGAAAGAAAAGAUCCAUGCGUCAGCGAGAUGAUGAGGAAAGGUAUAAUGGGCUGUGCACGCGGGGUUCACCAGGUUUUCCUGGCCGGGAAGGUAACCCUGGAAUGAACGGCAUCCCAGGAACCCCAGGAAUCCCAGGACGUGACGGGAUCAAGGGAGAGAAAGGCGAGUGCCUGCAAGAGCGCCUGGAGGAGCCCUGGAGAAUCAAUUACAAGCAAUGCGCUUGGAAAGCACUCAACUAUGGCAUUGACCUUGGCAAAGUUGUGGAAUGCACAUUUACCAAGAUACGGUCUGACAGUGCUCUGAGAGUACUAUUCAUUGGUUCCCUGCGCCUGAAAUGCAAAACUCCCUGCUGUCAGCGCUGGUACUUUACUUUCAAUGGAGCAGAGUGCAGUGGUCCUUUGCCAGUUGAAGCCAUCAUUUAUCUUGACCAAGGAAGUCCCGAGUUCAACUCCACCAUCAAUAUACAUCGGACAUCUACAGUGGAAGGACUAUGUGAAGGAAUCAACGCUGGGCUUGUGGAUGUUUCGCUCUGGAUUGGGUUGUGUUCGGAUGGGUACCCACAAGGCGACGCUUCCACUGGUUGGAACUCAGUUUCACGCCUGAUCAUCGAAGAAUUGCCAAAAUAGUUUUCAUUCUGCAUAAGCAAAGCUAUCAGAACCAGCUUGCUUUUGUAGAAACCAUAUUAUGAAAAAUUGUCAACUUUAAGUUGUCCAAUAAAAGUAUCAAAAUUAAGACCAUUGCACUCAUGUAUCUGA